AUGGAGUAUGUCAAGACUUUGUAUCAAGCCAUCUCUGAAGAGAAUCGAUCCAGAAGAAAAGAAAUGGUGUGCCUCAAGACUCCAUCCAGCAGAAGAGAAAUGGCGUCGCUCCAGACUUAUCAAGCCAUCUCUGAGAACAAUCCAUCCAGCAGAAGUGAAAUGGCGUUGCUCAACAACCCAACAAUACACUGGCAGCGUCACUUGAUUACUACAGACUUAUCAAGCCAUCUCUGGGGCGAAUCCAUCAAACAGAAGAGAAAUGGCGUCGCUCUAGGUGUGUUUAAUUGUUGUAUGUUGCGUUUGUCAAGGAGGAUGGUCACAGUGGUCUCCAUUUCUUGA